AUGUCUCGGAGGAAACAAUCGAAGCCAAAAGCAGUGAAAGAAGAUCAAAGUGAGGUAGUUCAAGCAAUCAGCCAAUCGAAGGAUCACGAAGACAGUCCCGAGCCAAAGCAGAAGAGAAGCCGUGAGAUAAGUUAUACAGGAAGCAACAUGUCGGAGAGCCAGAAUAGCAAAGAGAAAACUCUGGAGAAGAAGUAUGAUCGCAAAGCAGAGAAUGUGAAGGAUGAAUCGCUAUCACCUAUAGCUGUUCAAUCAUCAACAGAAAUUACAUACUCUAAGACAACACGUAUCAUCGAUUGCUGA